AUGCUGGAGAACUAUGGGAACGUGACAUCUCUGGCAAAGGAUGAUCAGAAGAAUGAGGAGGGUGAGGAACUACAGCUGCGUUUGCCAGAUGAAGUUAUUAAUAAAGACUCGAAAGGAAAUGUAAGGAAUCGAGGCAGACCCAAGAGAAAGAAGGACAGCCAUUUUGUUGAGAAGAGAAAUGGAAGAAAGCGUAAUGAACAUUUUCCCAAGCACAAUAGAAUGGAGAUGAGUCAGUCCAUUAAGUAUGGAAAGGACAUCACAUGUAGAUCACAGCUUCUAGUGAACCAAAGAAUACAAAAACGAGAGAAAUCUUUUGAAAACUCAAAGUGUGGAAAGAAAUUCCGUCAGAAUGGGAAGCUUCAGCAGUGUCAAAGAACUCACAAAGAGGAUAAACAGUUUGAAUGCUCAGCAGGUGGAAAGAAAUUCGGGUUCAAUGGCACUCUUCACCAACAUCAGAGUACCCACACAGGGGAGAAACCUUUUGCAUGCUCAGAGUGUGGAAAGACAUUCAGUGCCAAGAGCGGUCUUCAAAAGCAUCAGAGAACCCACACAGGAGAGAAACCUUUUGCAUGCACAGAGUGUGGGAAGAGAUUCAGUCAGAGUGACAGUCUUCAACGGCAUCAGAGAACCCACACAGGAGAGAAACCUUUUGAAUGCUCAGAGUGUGCAAAGAGAUUCAGUCAGAGUAACAGUCUUCAACAGCAUCAGAGAACCCACACAGGAGAGAAACCUUUUGUUUGCUCAGCGUGUGGAAAGAGAUUCAGUCAUAGUGGCACUCUUCAACACCACCAAAGAAUUCACACAGGGGAGAAACCUUUUAAAUGCUCAGAGUGUGGAAGGACAUUCAGUGCCAAGAGCAGUCUUCAAAAGCAUCAGAGAACCCACACAGGGGAGAAACCUUUUGCAUGCUCAGCGUGUGCAAAGAGAUUCAGUCAGAGUAACAGUCUUCAACAGCAUCAGAGAACCCACACAGGAGAGAAACCUUUUAAAUGCUCAGAGUGUGGAAGGACAUUCAGUGCCAAGAGCAGUCUUCAAAAGCAUCAGAGAACCCACACAGGGGAGAAACCUUUUGAAUGCUCAGAGUGUGGAAAGAGAUUCAGUCAGAGUGGCAACCUUCAACUGCAUCACAGAACCCACACAGGGGAGAAACCUUUUGAAUGCACAGAGUGUGGAAAGAGAUUCAGUCACAGUGGCACUCUUCAAAACCAUCAUAGGACCCACACAGGAGAGAAACCUUUUGCAUACUCAAAAUGUGGAAAGAGAUUCAGUCACAGUGGCACUCUUCAAAAGCAUCAGAGAACCCACACAGAGGAGAAACCUUUUGCAUGCACAGAGUGUGGAAAGAGAUUCAGUCACAGUGGCACUCUUCAAAAACAUCAGAGGAUCCACACAAGAGAGAAGCCUUUUGCAUGCUCAGAGUGUGGAAAGAGAUUCAGUCACAGUAGCAGUCUUAAAGAGCAUCAGAGAACCCACACAGGAGAGAAACCUUUUGCAUGCUCAGCGUGUGGAAAGAGAUUCAGUCAGAGUGGCAAUCUUCAACUGCAUCAUAGGACUCACACAGGGGAGAAACCUUUUGAAUGCACAGAGUGUGGAAAGAGAUUCAGUCACAGUGGCACUCUUCAAAAACAUCAGAGGACCCACACAGGAGAGAAACCUUUUGCAUGCUCAGAGUGUGGAAAGAGAUUCAGUCACAGUGGCACUCUUCAAAAACAUCAGAGAACCCACACAGGAGAGAAACCUUUUGCAUGCUCAGCGUGUGGAAAGAGAUUCAGUCAGAGUGGCAAUCUUCAAAAGCAUCAGGGAACCCACACAGGAGAGAAACCUUUUGAAUGCUCAGAAUGUGGGAAGAGAUUCAGUUACAGUAGCACUCUUCAAAGCCAUCAGAGAACCCACACAGGAGAGAAACCUUUUGAAUGCUCAGAGUGUGGAAAGAGAUUCAGUCAAAGUUGCACUCUUCAAAAGCAUCAGAGAACCCACACAGGAGAGAAACCUUUUGAAUGCUCAGUAUGUGGAAAGAGAUUCAGUCAGAGUGGCCAUCUUCAAAAGCAUCAGGGAACCCACACAGGAGAGAAACCUUUUGAAUGCUCAGAAUGUGGAAAGAGAUUCAGUUACAGUAGCACUCUUCAAAGCCAUCAGAGAACCCACACAGGAGAGAAACCUUUUGAAUGCUCAGAGUGUGGAAAGAGAUUCAGUCAAAGUUGCACUCUUCAAAAGCAUCAGAGAACCCACACAGGAGAGAAACCUUUUGCAUGCUCAGCGUGUGGAAAGAGAUUCAAUCAGAGUGGCCAUCUUCAAAAGCAUCAGGGAACCCACACAGGAGAGAAACCUUUUGAAUGCUCAGAAUAUGGAAAGAGAUUCAGUUACAGUAGCACUCUUCAAAGCCAUCAGAGAACCCACACAGGAGAGAAACCUUUUGAAUGCUCAGAGUGUGGAAAGAGAUUCAGUCAAAGUUGCACUCUUCAAAAGCAUCAGAGAACCCACACAGGAGAGAAACCUUUUGAAUGCUCAGUAUGUGGAAAGAGAUUCAGUCAGAGUGGCAACCUUCAACUGCAUCAGAGGACCCACACAGGGGAGAAACGUUUUGAGUCCUUAGAGUGUGCAAAGGGGUGA